AGAUAAAAGGAUGCCUUCAUUCUGCUUCUACUUCGGUUUUGGUUAAUGAAGCCCCACAAAAGAGUUUCAAAUGGAAAAAGGACUUUGCCAAGGUGACCCACUAGCUCCCUUCUUGUUCUUAGUGGUGGCUGAGGCACUUAACAGACUAAUAACAAAGGCGGUUGAUGAAGGCAUUUUCAAAGGGGUGUCCGUAGGUCAUGGGGAACUGGAAAAUACCCACUUACAAUUUGUGGAUGAUACAAUCCUCUUCGACGAGGCAUCAAGAAAGAACAUAUGGGCUAUUAAAUGUAUUUUCAGGAGCUUUGAGCUUAUUUCAGGAUUAAAGGUGAAUUUCUUCAAAAGCUCCAUAUCUGGUGUCAAUGUCGAAAAAGAGGAAUUGAAUGACAUGGCUAAAAUGCUAAACUAGAAGGCUGGUUUAGGAAGAUGGUUAAGAAAAGGGUCGGGGGGGGGGGGUAAUGAUGCAUUAUUUUGGUAUGACCAAUGGUUGGGUAAUAGUUCAUUAAAGGAGAGAUUUCCAAGGCUGUUUACUCUAGCAAGUAAGAAGAAGACUUUGAUAUCUGAUAUGGGAGAUUGGAGGGACAGAAGGUGGCAGUGGAGAUGGAGUUGGAGGAGAAAUCUUUUUGCUUGGGGAAUUGAUCUUUUGGAGGAACUCACAGAAGAAGUGAAAAGGAAAAUGCUAGUUCAAGGACAAAAGGAUAGAUGGAUAUGGAAGCAAGACCCAAAUGGCAACUACUCGGUAUCAUCUACAUAUAAUUUCCUAAAUUCUACAAUCAUCCCCGAAUUGUUUGGAGAUUACAAGCUGAUUUGGAAUCGACGGGUGCCUCUAAAAGUCUUAGCUUUUGCAUGAAAAGUGAUGCAAAACAGAAUCCCAACAAAGAAGAACUUGCAGAAACAUAAAGUAUUGAGCAGUGAGGAUGACGUGUCUUGUGCUUUGUGUGGUAGUCAGAUUGACAGCUCAAAUCAUUUGUUGUUCAUGGAAGGUGUGGUCCUCUUGCUAUAAUUGGUGGGGUAUUAACGUGGUAUCCCAAGACAAAGGCUGGAAUCAUCUGCUUCAGCAUGUGGGAUUGUUUAAUAACAAGAUUACAAGGGA